AUGGAAAUAAUGGAGCAAAUAAAAACUGAACCACAUAAUCUAAAGAUUCUAGAUAAGACUUCAGAUCCAAUAUCCCCACCAAUACUGGAUGAAAACAUUCAACCAUUAUCUAAAGACGAAAACUCAAAUAUCACGGAGGAAAUCAAAGUUGAAGUCGAAAAAGAUGAACCCACUCAAGAAGAAAAAGAUGGAGAAGAAGAAGAGGUAAUAGAUACUGAAAUUAAUGAUAACAAUAAUGUCAACAAUACAAUAUCAAAGGACUCACCACUUACUGAUAUUGCUACAUCACCACCACCUUUUGAUUUAUCUUUAGCUGAUUCAACUUUCAAUCUUGAUGGAGAAUUGAAAAAUACUUUAGAAAAUUUAGAUAAAGAUGAAACUUUUAAAACUUUUGAAAAAUUUAUGCAUAAUGAACCAAAUGUUAAAUCAAAUGAACUCAAUAAUAAUACUGAAAAAAAUGGAGAACUAAAAAACGAUUUAAAGGAUAUAACUGAAAAUUCAUCAGAAGAAAAUAUAAUAAGAAUGAAUCCACAAAGAAAAGAUAGUUAUGAAAGUUCAGAAUUAAGUGAAGUUGGAGAUGAUUCAGAAGCAGAAACUGAUAAAAUGGAUUUUUUAGAGGAUAGAGACUCAUCUGAUAAACCAACUGAUUUACAAACAUUAUCUGAAUUAACUGAAUUAGCAAGAUUAGAAGGUAUGGAUUUUAAUUUAAAUGAUGACAUUGAUGAAGAUGAUCAUGAGAUUUCAAAAGAUACAAAACCAUCAUCAAUUGAAGGUUUAAAUAACUCUGAUUCUUUCACAAAAGAUGAAUUGAGUGACGUUAAUGAUGAAUUUAAGUCAAUAAUAACUAGAAAAAGGACAUCAACCGAAGGAGAUGAGUAUGAGGAAAAUAAUGAGAGUGAUAAAAAGAAACAGAAACUUGAAUCAGCUGAACAAGACGAUGUGAAAGAACACGAAGAAGAAAAAGAGGAAGAAGACGGAAAUGUGGAAAAAGAAGAAGAAGAAGACAAAAUACGGAAGAACAAAGUGAUACAACCGAAAGUAAAAGAAAUAGCUGUUGAAGAAAAUGAUAAAAUAGAAGAAGAUCAAGAAGAAGAUGAAUAUGAAAUAGACAAUUUACAAAAAGCCAAUGGUAACAAACAAAUAACUCCAGAUGAUGAGGAAAAUGAAGCUGAAGCAGAGGAUGAAGAAGAGGACGAAGAUAUUGAAGAAGAGGAAGAAGAGGAUGACGAAGAUGAAUUAAUAGCGAAAACAGAAGGCCACAUUAGUGAAGAGUUGAAUACAAAUGAAGAUAUAGACAUAAAACAAAAACAAGAUGCGAUUACCACUGAACAAAAAGUAGCAGAGGAGAACGAUGUUGAUUUAAACGAACAAAGACGAUUAGCUGUUGAAGGAUUAGUUGCUAUUGAAAAAUGUUUUGCAGAAGUAAGGGAUAAAUUAUAUGAAGAUAAAUUAGCAUUAUUAGAAAAGGAAUUGCAGCUAUGUCUAGAAGGUUCACAUCCUGAAUUAUCAAAAAUAUAUUACAAAGUCAAUGGGUUCUAUCAAGAUAGUCUAAAUCUAGCCAACUCAAAUCUAUCAUACAAACUUAAAUGUAUUGAUAAAGAAACCUUGGCGACAAGAACUUCAAUACAUCAAAACUACUUAAAAAAUAUAAUGGAUACCAAGAAUGACAUGAUAACAGAGACAACAUCAAUGUGGUAUAAAAUCAACAAGGAGAGAAAUCAAUUAGAUCAAAUUGUACCAGAUUUCAAUUAUUCAGCUAUACCGAAUAAUAUAAUAAAUCAAGAAGAAAUUACAAUGGGUACAUCAUCAACAUAUUUGGAAGCAAUGGAGAAUUCAACACCAAAAUUAAGGAAAGCAAUAAAACAAAACACUAUAAUUGAGUUAGUACAACAAAGAAAUAAUUUAAAUGAACAGUUGGGUAUACUAAAUGGUUUAAUUCAAUUUCAUGGGUUUCCAUCUGCUAUUAGCUCUUCUAUUAAUGACGAGAAUGAUGAUGAAUCAAGUAAUGUCAAAGAAUUAUUGUUGAGAAAAGCUAGUGAUGAAGAAAUUAAUGAUGAUUUAAAAGCAAUGGGUAUUAUACGGACAUAA